UUCGUUUCGAAUAUCAGUUCGAAUUUGGAUUUUUGCGGCGACGCUCUAAUUUGUUUAAUUGUUGUUCGUUGAUUGUGUUAAUUGUUUAGUUAGUCGCUGUGUUAAUGGGCCACUAAGUCAGCUGCGAGCCCGUUUUUGUUUCGUUCAAGUUAUUUCUGUUUUAGUCAUUCCCUGCGAUGAGCGCCUUUGAGAUCACAGUGACGCCAUCGCGGCUAAAGCAAAAGAAGCGCGCCGAAGGACGCGAGCCCGCCGUGGUCGUCAUGGCUCCGUUCUCCGCCAAGGCGAUUGUGCAGUUCGAGGAUGUGCCGAUAACAAAGACAGCUCGGCGCCAGGUGCGCGUUCUCAAUCCCAGCGACGACGACAUCGAGGUCAAGGUUAUGAAGGCCAUCCGGGAGGAGCACAACCUAAGCCUGGAGUGGAUGGAGCACACGGUGCCUGCAAGAGAUGAGGUCUCCAUGGAGCUAGUGUGGAGUCCCCAGCUUGAGGUGGCCUGCAAGGAGACGCUGCAGCUGAUAGACAACCGCAACUUCCGAAAGGAGGUGAUGAUCAUACUCAAGUCCAAGAGCAACCAGCCGGUCAAGAACCCGCGCAAAUUUCCGACUGUCGGCAAGACCCUGCAGCUGAAAUCGCCGACAGGAGCGGGCAAGACAAUGAAAAGCGUGGUAUCUGCUGCUGCGCAGCAAAAGAAGCGUUUGUCUGCAGCAGCAGCGCCUCCCUCCAAGCAGACAUGGCGAGUGACCGCUCCUGUACGACCAGCUGCUCGUCCACAUCCACCUCCACCGGCUCCUCUUGUCGAGAAGAAUGUGUACAAGCCCCCACAAGAGGAGCCCGUAUACAUAUCACCGCAGCCUCGCAGUCUUAAGGAAAAUCUAAGCCCUAUGACGCCAGGAAACCUACUCGACGUAAUUGACAAUCUGCGGUUCACACCUCUCACCGAAACCCGUGGCAAAGGGCAGGCUACCAUUUUGCCGGACAAUCUGGCCGCCUGGCCCACACCCACACUUAAAGGGAAUGUAAAACCAUGUGCCAAUGACAUGCGCCCGCGUCGAAUCACUCCAGAUGAUCUAGAAGAUCAGCCUGCCACAAACAAAACGUUCGACGUGAAGCAUUCCGAGACUAUAAACAUUUCGUUGGACACCUUAGACUGCUCCAGGAAUGAUGGACAACCGCAUACGCCCCUAAAUAAGACCACCACCAUAGUGCAUGCCACGCACACCCGAGCCCUUGCCUGUAUUCGCGAGGAGGAGGGACCGAGCCCACCUAGGUCGCCCGCGAAGAGCGCCAUACAUGACCUGAAGAGGGAUAUCAAGUUGGUGGGCUCACCCUUACGAAAGUAUUCCGAGUCCAUGAAAGAUUUGUCACUUCUAUCGCCACAAUCAAAGUAUGCCAUUCAAGGCUCAAUGCCUAAUCUGAAUGAAAUGAAAAUCCGUUCGAUUGAACAGAAUCGAUACUACCAGGAGCAGCAGAUCCAGGUAAAGGGCAAAGACUUGAAUAGCUCCUCUAGUAGCGAGGCUAGCUUGGCGGGCCAGCAGGAGUUUCUAUUCAACCACAGUGAAAUCCUUGCUCAGUCCAGUCGCUUUAAUCUGCACGAAGUAGGUCGAAAGUCGGUGAAGGGAAGUCCAGUGAAAAAUCCUCACAAGCGGCGCUCUCAUGAGCUGAGUUUCUCGGAUGCACCCAGCAACGAAUCCCUGUACCGCAAUGAAACUAUGGCCAUUUCUCCACCUAAAAAGCAACGAGUGGAGGACACCACUCUGACCAGGAGUGCAGCGCCGGCAAACGCAUCUGCCCGAAGCAGUAGUGCUCACGCCUGGCCACACGCCCAGUCCAAGAAGUUUAAGCUGGCGCAGACCAUGUCACUGAUGAAGAAGCCCGCCACGCCACGAAAGCUCAGGGACACUAGUGUCCAGGCUUCCGUGAAGCUCUACGAUUCCGAGCUGUAUAUGCAGACCUACAUCAACCCGGAUCCUUUUGCGGCAACUACCACAAUGGACCCCUUUCUGGCCUCUACCAUGUAUUUGGAUGAACAGGCUGUGGAUCGACAUCAAGCUGACUUUAAAAAGUGGUUAAAUGCCCUUGUGUCCAUACCCGCUGACCUGGACGCAGAUUCGAAUAGCAAAAUAGACGUCGGUAAGCUGUUUAACGAGGUGCGCAACAAGGAGCUCGUGGUAGCUCCCACCAAGGAGGAGCAGUCUAUGAACUACCUAACGAAAUAUCGCCUGGAGACGCUUCGUAAGGCUGCUGUGGAACUAUUCUUCAGUGAGCAGAUGCGCUUGCCAUGCUCCAAGGUGGCCGUCUAUGUCAACAAGCAAGCGCUACGCAUCCGUAGCGAUCGUAAUCUUCACCUGGACGUCGUUAUGCAACGCACCAUACUUGAGCUGCUGCUUUGCUUCAAUCCUCUUUGGCUGCGCCUGGGACUGGAGGUGGUCUUCGGCGAGAAGAUCCAGAUGCAGUCUAAUCGGGACAUUGUUGGCCUUAGCACCUUUAUCCUCAAUCGCUUGUUCCGGAAUAAGUUUGAGGAGCAGAGGUACAGCAAGGCAUACACCCUCACCGAGGAGUACGCGGAGACCAUCAAGAAGCACUCGUUGCAGAAAAUCCUCUUCUUGCUGCUCUUCCUCGAUCAAGCAAAGCAGAAGCGCAUCGUCAAACACAAUCCCUGUUUGUUUGUGAAAAAGUCGCCACAUAAGGAGACCAAGGAUAUACUGCUGCGCUUCUCGUCAGAACUGCUCGCCAACAUUGGUGAUAUUACGCGGGAACUGCGCCGUCUGGGUUACGUUCUUCAGCACCGCCAAACAUUUUUGGACGAGUUCGAUUAUGCCUUCAACAACUUGGCAGUGGACUUAAGAGAUGGCGUGAGGCUUACCCGCGUUAUGGAGGUAAUUUUACUGCGCGAUGAUCUAACCCGCCAGUUGAGAGUGCCAGCCAUCUCUCGCCUCCAGCGGAUUUUCAAUGUGAAGCUAGCACUGGGAGCCCUUGGUGAGGCCAACUUCCAGCUAGGCGGUGACAUCUCCGCCCAAGACAUCGUUGACGGGCAUCGUGAGAAGACGCUUUCCCUGCUCUGGCAGAUUAUUUACAAAUUCCGCUCGCCCAAGUUCCAUGCGGCGGCCACGGUGCUUCAGAAAUGGUGGCGCCGUCGCUGGCUGCACGUUGUCAUCCAGCGGCGCAUCCGCCACAAGGAGCUAAUGCGUCGCCACCGGGCCGCUACUGUCAUUCAGGCCGUGUUCCGGGGCCACCAGAUGAGGAAGUACGUCAAGUUGUUCAGGGCGGAACGCACCCAGGCCGCCAUAAUCCUGCAAAAGUUCACGCGGCGGUACUUGGCACAGAAGCAGCUAUACCAGAGCUAUCACAGCAUUGUCACCAUCCAGCGCUGGUGGCGGGCCCAACAACUGGGACGGCAACAUCGCCAGCGGUUCUUGGAGCUCCGGCAGGCUGCCAUAUUUCUGCAGCGGAUCUGGCGGCGACGCCUCUUUGCCAAAAAGCUAUUGGCGGCGGCGGCAACAGCCAGACUUCAGCGAUCCCAGAAACAACAGGCAGCUGCCAGUUAUAUUCAACUGCAAUGGCGGAGCUAUCAGUUGGGCAAAAUUCAGCGACAGAAGUUCCUGCGCCAGAGAGAGCUCAUUAUGUUUGUCCAGCGCAGGAUGCGAGCAAAGUGGAGUAUGCUGAAGCAGCGCAAGGAGUUCCAGCAACUCAAACGUGCAGCUAUAAAUGUGCAACAGCGCUGGCGAGCGAAGCUUUCAAUGAGAAAGUGCAAAGCUGAUUAUUUGGCACUUCGUUCCAGCGUUCUUAAAGUUCAGGCUUACCGGAGAGCCACAGUCCAGAUGAGAAUAGAUCGCAAUCACUACUGUUCUCUCCGGAAAAAUGUUAUUCGCUUGCAGCAGCGACUGAGGGCCACCAUGAAAAUGCGCGAACAGAGGGAAAAUUAUCUGAGGCUGCGUAAUGCCACGACACUCGUUCAAAAACGUUACCGCAUGCUCCAACAAAUGAUCCAGGAUCGCAGUGCAUAUCUGAGAACCCGCCAAUGCAUCGUCAAUGUCCAGAGGCGCUGGAGAGCCACAUUGCAGAUGCGUCGAGAUAGGAAGGAGUACCUUCGGCUUCAAUCGGCCACCAGGCUAAUUCAAAUCAAGUACCGUGCCAAGCGCGAAAUGGAAAAGCAAAGAGCCGAGUUCCUGCAACUGAAGAAGGUAACCCUUGCAGUCCAGCAACGCCGGCGAGCUUUACUGCAGAUGCGAAAGGAGCGCCAGGAGUACCUGCAUCUGCGCGAGGUGACCAUCAAGCUGCAGCGCAGAUUCCAUGCCCACAAAUCAAUGCGGUUCAUGCGAGCCAAGUACCGCGGCACCCAGGCUGCGGUGAGCUGCCUGCAGAUGCAUUGGCGCAAUCAUCUGCUCAGAAAACGGGAGCGAAACAGUUUCUUACAACUGCGCCAAGCAGCUAUAACACUGCAGCGACGGUACCGAGCUCGUCUGUCGAUGAUCAAACAAUUGAAGAGUUAUGCCCAGCUGAAACAGGCAGCUAUUACCAUUCAAACCCGAUACCGAGCCAAGAAGGCAAUGCAAAAGCAGGUAGUCCUAUACCAAAAGCAAAGGGAAGCCAUUAUCAAAGUGCAGCAACGAUACCGUGGCAAGCUGGAGAUGAGGAAGCAGGUUGCAGUGUACCAAAAGCAGCGGCAGGCAGUCAUCCGCCUGCAGAAAUGGUGGCGCAGCAUACGCGAAAUGCGGCUCUGCAAAGCGGGCUACCGACGGAUUCGGCUCAGUUCAUUGAGCAUUCAACGCAAGUGGCGGGCCACAGUGCAGGCUCGUCGCCAGCGGCAGAACUUCUUGAACACCAUCCGCAAGGUGCGACUUAUGCAGGCAUUUAUCAGAGCCACUUUGCUGAUGCUGAAGCAGCGUAGGGAAUUCGAGUUGAAGCGAAGGGCUGCCGUGGUGCUGCAACGCCGGUUUCGUGCCCGUUGUGCCAUGCUAAAGGCCAGACAGGAUUACCAAUUAAUCCAAUCCUCUGUGAUCCUGGUGCAGCGCAAAUUCCGUGCUAACCGCUGCAUGAAGCAGGCACGCCAGGAAUUUGUCCAGCUGCGUACACUGGCCGUCCACCUGCAACAAAAGUUCCGUGGCAAGCGACUAAUGGUUGAGCAGCGUGAUUGUUUCCAACUGCUCCGCCGUUCCAUGCCGGACUUCCAGGCGCGUGCCCGCGGCUUUAUGGCUCGCAAACGCUUCCAGGCCCUGAUGACACCCGAGAUGAUGGACCUAAUCCGCCAGAAGCGCGCGGCAAAGGUUAUACAGCGCUACUGGCGUGGCUAUCUCACCCGUCGUCGCCAGAAGCACCAGGGACUUUUGGCUAUCCGAAAGCGUAUUGUCCAGCUGCAGCAAGAGGCAAAGACGGCCAACUCCGUGCGCUGCAAGGUCCAGGAGGCGGUGCGAUUCCUUCGAGGACGCUUCAUCGCAUCAGAUGCGUUAGCAGUCCUAAGUCGAUUGGAUCGCCUUUCACGCACUGUCCCACAUCUGCUGAUGUGGUGUUCGGAGUUCAUGUCCACGUUUUGCUACGGCAUCAUGGCCCAGGCCAUUCGAUCGGAGGUGGAUAAGCAGCUUAUCGAGCGCUGCAGCCGGAUCAUCCUGAAUUUGGCCCGCUACAACAGCACCACGGUGAACACGUUCCAGGAGGGAGGCUUGGUCACCAUUGCCCAGAUGCUCUUGCGCUGGUGCGACAAAGACAGUGAGAUAUUCAACACGUUGUGCACUCUCAUUUGGGUAUUUUCACACUGCCCUAAAAAGCGAAAGAUCAUUCACGACUACAUGACCAACCCAGAGGCCAUUUACAUGGUGCGUGAAACAAAGAAGCUCGUCGCACGCAAGGAAAAGAUGAAGCAGAAUGCCCGCAAGCCGCCGCCAAUGCCAACGGGACGGUAUCAAAGCCAAAAGAUCAACUUCACGCCGUGUUCCCUGCCCAGCCUGGAGCCGGACUUUGGUAUCAUCCGCUACAGUCCCUACACGUUCAUCUCGUCCGUUUACGCCUUUGAUACAAUCCUGUGCAAGCUGCAGAUCGACAUGUUCUAGAUCUAGGAAAAUCCACCUUUAAAUGUUUAAUGUUUGAAACCGUUCUGUGUUGUGUUUUAAAAUAGUCAGAUAUAUUCUUAGACCAUGCUAGUUUUUUGGAGACCAUUAAGAAUAGUUUAAGAUAAUCUAAGAAGUUCUUAACCAUGUAAAGUACGAGAAUAAGUUAACAUGUAUAUGCUGCAAACGAAAAUUGUAAUUGAUAUUUUAGUAGAAAAACGAAGUGGAUUGUUUUUAUAGGAAACCACAAACUGAACUGAAGAAUAAAGACGAUUGAAAGUCAAA